GUUUGUGUCUCGAUCCGUUGGCGGAGAUGGCGAAGGAGUGUUAGCCGCCAAGCAAGUGCAGCCCAGUUGUGGGAGAUGACGGAGGCUGUGGCGGACGCCUUGGAACGUGCCGAGAUUCGCCUGAUGGAACGCGCGGAGUUGGGCGUGGCGGGCGAAAGCUCCAUGGGAGCCCUCGGAUCCAUGGCGGCCUCGAUGGCAGAGGCCAGCGGCGGCCUUGCCACAACCGCCGAGACCGCUGCGGUGACGCUGGCAGGCCUCGAGGCGGAUACGGUUCUUACAGCAUCUGCAGUUGCUGCAAUUGCAGCUUUUGCUGCGAGGAGCGCUGCAAAGAAGCGAAUGGCUGAGUGGGAGGUCGCUAUGGAAGAGGAUGCACACGUGGCCCACCUACAGCAAGCUUGGCGGGCAGUCCUGCGACAACAUCCUGAAGCAGUCCUGGAAGCCAACUUUUUGGGUCAGCCCUUCGGAUGUGAGCAGGUGAAGCAGCGCUGGCCACGGCUGGUGCAAACCCUUGGUAUCUCAGAGGAUCAGGCACUGAAGAUUAUCGAGAUGGAUGCGACCCCUCUGUUGGUCGAGUCUGAUUCGGUGUCCGAAGUCCUGGCGCGUUUGGCGGCCAUCAGCUCGCGUGAAAAGGCGUUGGAACUGGUUGGCCGCAGUCCGUCUUUGCUGGUUGGUGGAGCCAUGAACGAGGCAUGGAUGGCUGAGAGGAAAGAAACACAGGCUACUGGAACGAAAAACCUGGCUGCAUCCACCUUGAUUGAUGUGCUGUAUGCCGGGCGCUUGUAUCGGGUCUUUGCCUCAGAGAUUGCUGCGUUUUCGCUGCAGCUUGGCAGCUUGCCGCAGCAGCAUGAAUUUUUUCAGGUCCUUGAAGAGGAGGGCCGCGACAAUGAGGGCAAGCUGAGGGAAAUCGAGUUGUACGCGCAGCUGUUAUCUGCCUUCCGGCCCUGUGUGGACCUGGUCCUCUCGGGCCUGACGGCCCGGGAUGCGACAGAUGCGACACGACGCAUCUUCCGCACUCUGCAGGAGAGCGCGCCGAAUGAAUCCAUUCGGGUUUUGCUGCAGCGUGUUGCAGAUGCCUCAGAUCCUUGGGCAUAUCUGGCAGAUCAGACCCGAGCAGGUUUCAAUAUCGGAGGAAGACUCGCGUUCCGUCCGGCGUUGACCAAGAAGAUUUUGCCGCAUUCCCAGUCUAUUGUCACCCACCUGCCGUCCAUUUACACACGGCUCUCCAUCCUGGGACCGCACGUGCCAAGCAUUGUGCGGAUUUUGGACCAAUACCUCGACAUCGUUGAACCACACCUAGAUCGAAUCAUGGAACGAAUGGACCGCAUCGAGCCACAUUUGCCCUACAUUCUGCUUCAUUUGGAUGUUUUGGCAAAGCAUUGUGGCGCAUUGCUGGAUCAUUUCGAUUUGCUGAUGCCGUACGCAGAGCUAGGCCAUUUGGCCUGA